AGAAUUAAGAAAACGUUUUGAAAGGAGCUCGAGCGAAUUGGAAAUGAACAGGAAGGAGAGGAUUGCUCGCCGCCUGGAGGGGAUCGAGGGCGACGUUCAGCCGGCCCUGCUGCCCGGCUGCGCCGGCCUGGUGACCAAUCGGCUGCUGGAGGAGGACACCCCGCGGUACACCCGCGCCUCCGACCCCUGCGACCCCUGCGGAGUCACAGUGAAACGGUACAGCAGGGAUGAGGAUCAGAUUCCUGAGAUGGCUGCUUCAGAGAGGCAGUCCAGAGCGCGGUGCCGGGCGGACCCGCACGCCCUCCACGGCGAAUCCGCAUACGGCGCCGGCGCCACGGACCCGGCGAGCCUGGAGUCCAAGGCGGAGCGGAUCGCCCGCUACAAGGCGGAGCGUCGGCGGGAGCUGGCAGAGCGCUACGGCAUCUCCCUGGACCAGGAGCUGGACACGGACUAUUACUCCCGCUACGCCCGUGCCCGGAAAGAGGCGGACCCCCCGGAGAGGCACGAGAGGCACGAGCGGCACCGCCGCGGCGCAGAGGAAGAGGAGGAGGAGGAGGGCCGGGACCACCACGCCCCCCUCUACAGGACAGGGAGGGGCCCCUCGCGGUCCCCCGGUGAGCCCGGCCACGCCCGAGAGAGGCAGGAUGGCUUCUUGGAGCGCGAGAGGAUGAUGAAUUUGGAGAACUACAGGCGGGGCCAGGACAGGGGGGCCAGGGUUGCGCCCCACGAGCAGCCGUCCUACAUGGACGUGUCGACCUCCGCAAAGGUCCCGGCCAAGGACUAUGCCGUCAGCGGGGUGCCGGGCUCCCCCAAAACGGACCGACGGUCCUCCCUGCCCUCCCCAAAACGGGGCGCCUCCCCGGGGGACAUGUUCAUCGAGCAGCAGGCCCACAGCGUCCUGAGCCGACAGGGAUCCUGCUUGAGUCCUGAGAUCCCGAUUGAAGUAGACGAAGAGAAGCUGGAUGAGAGAGCCAAGCUCAGCGUAGCGGCCAAGAGGUCCCUCUUCAGGGAGCUUGAGAAGAACACCAGGGCGGGGGUCCCCAAGCCGCACUCGCGCAACCCGGCGGUGGAGAGGCGCCUGAGACGAGCACAGGACAGGUCCCGCACCCAGCCCGUCACCACGGAGGAGGUGGUCAUCGCAGCCACUCUCCAGGCAACCUCCCAGCAGGCAUCCGUUGCCAGGGAGCAGGCCCGGGAGGCCAGGGCGGUGCAGGAUGCCCGGGAGGCCCAGCAGGCCAGGGACGCUGCGGCCGUGCCACAAGAUGCCCCGGAGGAGCCCGACCUGUGCACCCUCAGCCUGGCGGAGAAGAUGGCCCUCUUCAACCGCCUGGCGCAGCCUGCCACCAAGGUCACCCGGAGCAGACCGGACACCCGGCUGCGCAGGGCCAACGCCCGCUACCAGACCCAGCCCAUCACCCUGGGCGAGGUGGAGCAGCUACAGAACGGAGGUGGGGCCAAGCUCGGCCCGUUGUCUGCGUCUGCAGCGAGGUCGGCGGUCACAGCGACUGCCACCUACCCAGUGACCACGGUCUCCACGGCCCAUGCCGGUGACGUCCACGUGGGCAAGUCCGCGGCCGCCUCCCCGCCCGGUUACUACGAGAGGGCCACGCCCAAGCGCUACAGUCUGGGCCAGAGCAUGGAUGCCGGCGUCUGGGCCCCGGAAAUGCACUCCCCGCCCCCCGUGGAGCAACGCCAGCCCCAGCCCCAGCCCCAGCCCCAGCAGGCUGAGGAUCAGGGCCCCCACAGCCAGGCAGGGACAGGCCGGUGGCCCCUGGAGGAGCCGAGCAGCAGCAGCAAGAGGAAGCUCCCCUCCCCCGAGGGUGAGGUCAGGCAGCCCCCCCAGGCCCAGCCCCAGCCCGGGCGCGAGUGGGACGCUCUGAGGGGGGAGGGAGCCCCCUUCCAGGAGAGGCCGGAGCGCCACGGGCCCCCAAGGGAGACGCAGUCCUCGAAUGACCUCUGCGAGCCCGAGGCUGCGCUCAGAUCCAAAGCCAUCGCCUCAGAGUCGGCGGAGCCGAGCUCCUCAGUGAGAGAGGCGGCGGCAGCAGCAGCCAGGAGCAGCAGCGUCCCCGACUCUCACUCCCCCCCGAGCGAAGACGCCGGUCACGGCGGCGGCAGCAUCCCCACCACCGAGCUCGUCCUCAGCCAGCACCGCGGCCGGGCGGAGCCGGGCGACGACCUCACCGACAGCAUGACCGCGCGGCAGAUGUCCAUCAAGGAGAGGCUGGCCCUUCUGCGGAAGAGCGGGGAGGAGGAUUGGAGGAACAGGAUCAACAAGAAGCAGGACGUAGCGAAGGUGGCCGGGGGUGAGCGCCACACACAGCUAUUGGAGGUGGAGCAGAGCUUCAAGAAGAAGGAGGAGCCGGUAAUAAUUGACGAUCAUCACUGGGAACCUGUCUAUGCCUCCACCUACUCCCCUCCUCCCAUAUCCACUGGACAUAAAUGCCAGUAUGUUGAUCCUUAUAACCAGGCCAGCCCCCCCACUGUCAGGGAGCUCUAUACCCUGCAAGUGGAUGAGCGUCACCCCUGGAGAUUGAAGAGGAUCGGAGAGGAGAUCGAGGCCCACAUGAGCAUCGAGGAGAGGAAGCAGCUGAUUCUCGCCAGGGAGGAGGCCUGGAAGGUCAAGGGAAAGGGUGUGGCCAACGACUCCACACAGUUCACCGUGGCAGGUCGCAUGGUCAAGAAAGGUUUGGCGGCUCCCUCAGCGCUCUCCCCUGCACUUUCUCCGCUCUCCUCUAAAACCAAGAGCAGCACGCCUGCCAUCUCCAAGCCCCAAGAAGACAUUGAAGCCAGGCCAGAUAUGAAUUUGGAGUCUGACAGAAAGCUUGAUAGAUUGGAGUCGUUCUUGGGAAAGCUGAACAGUAAAGCUGGGCUACAGGAGACGACGGUGACGGUCACAGAAAAGACCGUCAAGGAGGUGAUGAAGCUGGACGACGAGAUCUUCUCCAAAUUCUACCGGCGCGUGGCCGACCUGCCCCUCGUGAGCGGCGAGGUCGAGAUCGAUGACGACUUCGACGCCAUCUUCGGUCCUCAGAUGCCUACGCUGACCUCAGACAUGGUCCAGCACAAGAGGGCGGUGCGGCCGGUCCGUAACGUCCAGGCCUCCCGGAACCCGCUGAAGAUGCUGGCGGCCAGGGAGGACAUCCGUCACGAGUACACGGAGCAGCGGCUCAACGUGGCCCUGCUGGAGUCCAAGAGGAUGAAGGCCGAGAAGAUGAGUAAGAACUCGGGGUACUCCCAGGUGGCUCUGGCGGGCCUGGCCAGCAAGGAGAACUUCAGCAGCGUCAGCCUGCGCAGCGUCAACAUCUCGGAGCAGAUGUCCAACAACAGCGCCGUGCCCUACAAGAAGCUGAUGCUCCUGCAGAUCAAAGGCCGGCGGCACGUCCAGACCCGGCUAGUCGAGCCCAGAUCCUCCUCCCUGAACAGCGGAGACUGCUUCCUGCUGGUCACGCCACAUCACUGCUUCAUCUGGACGGGGGAGUUCGCCAACGUCAUCGAGAAGGCUAAAGCGUCUGAGCUAGCCACUUUCAUCCAGACCAAGAGGGACCUUGGCUGCAGGGCCGGCUAUGUGCAGACCAUCGAGGAGGGGAUCAACACCCACAGCCACGCCGCCAAAGACUUCUGGAGGAUUCUUGGCGGACAGUCCAGCUACCAGGCGGCGGGGACGCCUGAGGAGGACGAGUUGUACGAAACCGCCAUCGUGGAGACCAACUGCAUCUACCGCCUGGUGGACGACAAGCUGGUGCCUGACGAUGACUACUGGGGGAAAGUCCCCCGCUGCACGCUGCUCAGCUCCAAAGAGGUGCUGGUGUUUGACUUCGGCAGCGAGGUGUACGUGUGGCACGGCAAGGAGGUGACGCUGGCGCAGAGGAAGGUGGCCUUCCAGCUGGCCAAGCACCUGUGGAACGGCACCUUCGACUACACCAACUGUGACAUCAACCCGCUGGACCCGGGAGAGUGCAACACGCUCAUACCCAGGAAAGGACAGGGCCGGCCAGACUGGGCCGUCUUUGGCCGGUUGACUGAGCACAAUGAGACCACCCUGUUCAAGGAGAAGUUCCUGGACUGGACACAAGGAAAGAAAUCCCCCCCCAAGAACGGCACAGAGCAUGUGGCUGAGCACAAGGACCAGCAGGCCGGUGAGAGCCGGCCGUACGACGUGACGCUGAUGCUGCCUCUGCUGCAGACGCCGGUGAGGACAGUGCUGGACGGGGCAAACGUGGGCCGGGGCUACGGCCUGGUGGAGGGGGACGAGCACAGGCACUUCAGCAUCAGCACGCUGUCUGUGGACGUGUGGCACAUCCUGGAGUUCGACUACAGCCGGCUGCCCAAGCAGAGCAUCGGCCAGUUCCACGAGGGCGACACCUACGUGGUCAAGUGGAAGUACAUGGUGAGCACAGCAGUUGGGAAGAGGCAGAACCCGGAGCAGGUGCGGAGCGCGGGCCCUGGGAAGGAGAAGUGUGCCUAUUUCUUCUGGCAGGGCCGCAACUCUACGGUCAGCGAGAAGGGCACAUCAGCGCUGAUGACGGUGGAGCUGGAUGAAGAGAGAGGGGCCCAGGUCCAGGUGCAGCAGGGAAAGGAGCCCCCGUGUUUCCUGCAGUGCUUCAACGGAGGGAUGAUCGUGCACUCGGGAAAGAGGGAGGAGGAGGAGGAGAACACGCAGAAUGACUGGCGGCUGUACUGCGUGCGAGGCGAGGUGCCGGUGGAGGGCCACCUGCUGGAGGUGGCGUGUCACUGCAGCAGCCUGCGGUCCCGGACGUCCAUGAUCGUCCUCAACGUCAACAGGGCCCUCAUCUACCUGUGGCACGGCUGCAAGGCCCAGACGCACACGCGCAACGUGGGCCGAACCGCCGCUAACAAGAUCAAAGAGCAGUGUCCGCUGGAGGCGGGGCUACACAGCAGCAGCAAGGUGACCAUUCAUGAGUGCGAUGAAGGGGCGGAGCCUGUGGGCUUCUGGGAAGCUCUGGGGCGGAGAGACCGGAAAGCUUACGACUGCAUGCUGCAAGAUCCGGGGAAAUUCAACUUCACCCCGCGGCUCUUCCAGCUCAGCAGCUCUUCAGGGGAGUUUGUUGCCAUGGAAUUUUUCUACCCUUCCAGAGACCCGGAGCUGGUCAACUCACUUCCCUUUCUGCAGGAGGACCUGUACACUGCCUCUCAGCCAGCCCUGUUCCUGGUGGACAACCAUCACGAGGUAUACCUGUGGCAGGGCUGGUGGCCCCAGGACAGCGAGAGCACCGGCUCCGCCCGAAUCCGCUGGGACGCUGACAGGAAGUGCGCCAUGGAGACGGUGCUGCAGUACUGCAAAGAGAAAAAUGAGAAGAAGCCCCCAAAGUCGUACCUGAUCCAUGCUGGUCUGGAGCCGCUCACCUUCACCAACAUGUUCCCCAGCUGGGAGCACCGCGAGGACAUUGCUGAGAUCACAGAGAGGGAGGCGGAGGUGUGUAACCAGAUCAUCCUGGUGGAGGACGUGCUGGCCCGGCUGUGCAAGAACACCUACCCGCUGGCCGAACUGCUGGCACGGCCCCUCCCCGAGGGCGUGGACCCCCUGCGGCUGGAGAUCUACCUAUCAGACGAGGACUUUGAGGGUGUAGGGACUUCUGGGAAGAAAGCGCUGGAGAUGACGAGGGAGGAGUACGAGACUCUUCCAGGCUGGAAACAGGUGAACGUGAAGAAAGCCAAAGGACUGUUUUAAAGGAGGGACCUCGCGCCUGACGAAGGUUGCCGGGUGACUCCGCCGGACUGGACCUGCCACUGAGAUCACUUUAACACCCUCUCCCUGCACACAAACACACAAGCGCACUCAUGCACACACACAUACACACACACCCUCCC